ACAACCAAAAUUCUUUAAAUGAAAUAUAUUUGAUUCAAUCCCAAAAAUAAGUUGUUAUGGUGAAUGUUUAUGAUAAACAAUUGGGUUUAAUCAAAUUAGUGCUACAGCAUGUAAUAUAGCAUGGCCCUGAGUAGAAAAGAUAAUCUUAAUCUCAUAACCGCCCGAUUCUACUCUUCUUCUUCUCCCUUACGCCGACCAAGAGCCCAGCCACCAACAACAGCAUCCCCUCUGAAAACCAGUAAGAGAGCUUGAUUUUCCUUUCUUUUCUUGUUCAAGAACAAGAUUUAGACUUAGAAAUCUUCCCCUCUGCAGAAGAAAUUUCUGGAUCUGCUCUGCUCUAUUCCUUCCGUUUGUUACUCUUGCUUGUGGGUGUGAUUUUUCUGGUUUCUGAUCCCGAAUUUCCCCCUACACUUUUUGCCGGCCUUCCCCAAACUACAGCUCCAGUUUUUGCUUGCUGAAUUUUGGUAUGUGACAGCUCAAUCUAAGUCCAAAUUACCCCUUUAGUUGCUGAAUUUCUCCAUUUAAAUUGCUGCCCUGUGCUGUCCGAAAUUCUGCACAAAUAAGGGAUGAAUUCCGGUAGGGAUUAGAUCAAAAUUAAGCUUAAUUCAAGUAGAAUUUAUGUGAUUGGGUAUUAAUUAACUGCUGUGAGGUUC